CAGCAAAAUCGCCCAACCAUAGAGCGUGAGUUAUAAAAUGGGAAAGGUGCUACAGCUGCUGCCCUCUCUCGCUCUCCCUCUCACCCACGCACACGCUAGAUAUUGCCUUUCUCGUUGCUCCGCCAGAGGGUUCCGACCCAUCUCCUCCACCGCCGCCACCAAGAUGUCGACAGAGCACUAUAUGUUCGGGCCCUACAAAAUUGAGCCGAAGGAAGUAUUUUACUCUUCUGAGCUCUCCUAUGCCAUGGUCAACCUCCGUCCUGUUGUUCCUGGUAAUGUGCUGGUCUGCCCAAGGCGAGAAGUGAAGCGUUUUAUUGAUCUCACUGUUGAUGAGACUAGUGAUUUAUGGCUUAUGGCACAGAAAAUUGGCAGUCGGCUUGAGAGCCACCACCAUGCAACAUCUCUUACUUUUACAAUUCAAGAUGGUCCCCAGGCAGGACAGACAGUGCCCCAUGUUCAUAUCCACAUCCUCCCAAGGAAAGGCGGAGACUUUGAGAGUAAUGAUGAGAUCUAUGAUGCAAUCGAUGAGAAGGAGAAGGAAUUAAAGAAAAAGCUAGAUUUAGACAAGGAAAGGAAAGACAGAAGUAUAGAGGAGAUGGCUCAAGAGGCAGAUGAAUAUAGAUCACUUUUCUUGUAGAUUUAUCAAGAGAAUAUAAAGUUCUAUUAAUUUCAUGAAAAAAAUGCCUUGCAAGAUGUAUUAGAAAUAGGUUAAACUAUCAGAAAUAACUAAUCGGUUUGUUAAAAUUUGUGAGACUCGUUUAUAUGCUCGCUUGGUAGCUCAUUUGAAGGCUUGCGAACAGGUUUAUUGAACAAAUUUGUGAUCAGACUUGUUUGAAGGCUUGUUGAACAGGUUCAUUUGAUGGUUUCAUGAGUUGGCUUAUUAAUUA